GGAGAACAGCCCAACAGCUCAGCCGAUCCGAGCCGUUAGCAGGAGCCGUUAGCAGCAGCAGUGAGCGCCGCAGCGCCGAUACUUAUGGAGAACUUUACACCUAAUUAAUAAAACGUCUGUAGAACGUGUAAAUCUAUCCAGCGCUCGGGCACCAUGUUGGAGAGGACGCGUGUCGGUGUGCUGAUGUUUCUGUGCGCCGGUCUGUCCCGGGUCUCGGCUCUGGGUUUUCACCUAUCUGACGUCAGUGUGAUGUGUCACAAUUUUGAAAAUGUUGUGUCCUGGAACAACCCUAACCCACAGCUACAGCCAGAAUACAUUGUAACACUCAGAGGUUACAGUGGAGAGACAGAGAGACUCGUUUUGAAGACAACCAGUAACUUCAUGGAUAUCAGUGAAUACACUCAGAAUAUUGAGGAAAUUUAUUUUGUAUCUGUGAAAACUGCCUCUGCAGACGAAUCUUUUGAAGUGAACUUCACAUACAAACAGGACUUUCCUGACCUUGUGAAAAAAUGUACGGUGGACUUUCCCAGCAUGAAUACUUCAGCUUUGAGACAUACCAUUGAAAUCUCCUUUGAUCAUCCUUUGGACGUCUAUGAUAUUAAAGCGAGCAAUGAUGAUGAUUAUGUGUUUAAAUACACAGUCAGAUGUAAUGAGACAGCGUGCGGUGAAUAUGAAUGCACAGACCUGUGUACAGCGGAGAUUCCUGUUCCUGAAAGUCUAUAUGGCCAGUGCUUUAGUUUACAUUUUACUGGGGAGCUCAGUUCAACACGUUUUGAAGGUUCAAAAGAUGUUUGUGUUCCAGUUGAGCCUGAGAAAAAAACUGAUGUACAUCUUAUUACUGGCUUGGUAUGUGGUACAGUUGUCCUCCUGAUGCUGGUGAUUGUAGCUGGAAUAGAGAUUUACAAAAGAAUGAAUGGAUCUGAUUCUCAAAGAGCAAUCUCCAAGUUUCUGCAAUCUCUGGGCGUGGCGAGUUCUGAGACUCCCGUCAUUGAGCCUGAGCGUCCGCACAUGUCUGAGAUAAACUCCAUAAGUGACGCUCCUCUGCUGGUCACCCCCGAUGACGACGUUUCCACUCCCAUCACCCUCUCACCUGAAGAGGUCACUCACAUGCCCAUCACCCUCAUUUCUGAGAUGGAGGAGCAGAGAGCAAGUGAGGAAGAGGAGGCUUUUGACAACGGAGGCUACGACCGGCAGAAGUUUCCAUUAGAGAUGAGCCCUGGAGACAUAGUGGAUGCUUACCACCAUGGAAAGAAUUGAGAAGUGGCUGUAGUUCUCUAAGAGUGUUUUGAAGGUGUGCGCUGCCCGAGCGAGAGGUUGAGGGUAUGCGGGUCAGGCGCUGCAGUGGGCUCUCCUAACAGCCUAAUUACGUCUCCAUUACACAAGAGCCCUGUAAUUAUCACUGCUUCUGUCCUGAUUGAACUGUUCACUAGAAAUUGACAUCACAUCGUAAUGCUAAUGCAAUAACAGAACCACAUGCACUAACUUCAGUGUAUUUCUGUCCCUCCUCUCCAGUUUUGUGAUCACCUGUAUAUCCUUCCCUUAUAUUUUCUACCCGCUCUGCUGAACUGUAGUCAUAGAGAAAUGGUGACGUCCAUGAGUAUUACAGACAGUAGUGUUUCAGGUGUUCUUAUACAUACCCUGAUAAUCAUAUCCUAAUCAUGAUUGGUAGCUUAAACGUGCUGUUACUUUAUUAUUGAUUGUGCUGUUUGUUACACGCUGUAUUUCUAUAAUUAGCUUACACAAAAAAUUGGAAAUGGUACUAAAAUUAGUACCUUUAAGUGUUCUCACAUAUAUAAAAAGUUUUUUUUUAAACACAGAGCAUCUGCUAAACAAAGCAGAAUUGUUACAAGGUUUGAUUUUAAAUAAUCUUUCAGCUUUUUAACACCUUUUUUUCUGUUUUUGUAUUUUUUUUUUAUCUUUUGAACAAUCCUUGUUAAUGCAGGAAAUAGAAAAGCUCAAACUGACAGUUUGAUUUCAAUCCAUGAGUUAUUGUAGCCAUUAAUAGGCCACAAGUGAAAGUAAGUAGAUUUUUAAAAUAUUAUUAUAUUAUUAUAAUAAUAAUAAUAAUAAGAAGAGCAUGCAUGCUCAUCCCUGAUCCUGGAGAUCUAUCUGCUAUCCCCUUCUGAUCUAACAUGCGAUCCACUUCAGAACACAUACUUAUUCCGUUACCAAUGCAACGGUUGUGGCUAGGGGUUUACUGGUAGUCUCAAAAAUAAUUUAAAAUGCAAAGUUGGUCAACAUUAAAGAACAAAAUAUGAUAAAUGCGUUCACAUAUUCAACAUAUUACAUGGCAAUUACCCUAUAGAACAUUCCAAUAUAUUUCUUUUGGAUUUAUAUCUGGCUGACUGAGCACAUUGGGCCAAAGAACAUGUCAUGUUCAUGAAACCAAUUUGAGAUGACUUGCUUUGAGACAUGGUGCGUCCUUGUAUGAAGCUCCGUAAAAGAUGUAGAAAUGGUGCCUUUCUGCUGGUCACAGAUAUACAGAUGUUUUAGUGACUAGCUUUUUCUGUCAGCUCAAACCCGUCUGAACCUUUCUAUUGUUAUUUUUAAUCAAAAAGGCGUUUCUGUCCACAAAACCGGCAAAGAUUUUUUUUUUUUUUUUUAAACAAAACCUACAUUAAAUCUAAAGUCUCCCAAGCUAAGCGAAUGAUGCCCCACUGUCUUUAUAAAGCUAAUCUAGAGUGCAGCUUUUAGACAAGCCACUACAUUUAUACAUAUCAGUUUACAAGACUGUUAGCUUACUAAGCCAACGCGUGCAUAGUGUGUGUGUGUGUAUACACACACCAGUCAAACGUUUGUACGCACCUUAUAUUCAUUGUUUUUUCAUCAUUUUUAAAUGUUCUGCAUUGUAGAUUAAUGCUAAAUUCAUUAAAACUAUGAAGAAAUGUGUGAAAUUAUUUAGUUAACGAAAGUGUUAAACAAACCAGAUUCUUAGAUUUUUCAAACUAGCACCACUUGAUUGGAUGACAGUUUUGCAUAUCUUGGCUGGAUUUUCUCAGUCAGCUUCUUGAGGUAGAGUCACCUGGAAUUCAGGCUUUCAGUUAACAGCUGUGCUAAACUUAAUUACUUGAAUUUCCUGCCUCUUAAUGUGUUUGAGAGCAUCAGUUGUGUUGUGAAUAACCCUAUUUUAGUAAUAUUCUAAUUCAUAUUACGACUAAAACUUCUCAACCAAGAAAAGAAAAAAUGACUUUUAAGUAGUGAAGUCAAUCUGAAACAUUUCAAUAACUUUGCAAGUAUCCACAAGUGCAGUCACAAACAUUGUGAAAAACAUUAUGAUGAAACUAGCUCUCAUCAGGACCACCAUAGAAAAGAAAGAGCAACAGUUCCCUCUGGUGCACAGGAUUUAUCGGAGUUACCAGCCUCAGAAACCUCAAGUUAACAGCACCCCAGAUAAAAGCACCUUAAUGUUUUACAGGGUAUUUUGGUUUGUUUAACACUUAAGUUACUACAUGAUUCCUUAUGUGAAAAAGUGUGUUCAAACUUUUGACUGGUACUGUAUGUAUAUCCCUUUGUUGUAAAACAGUUGUCCGUUGUAUCAUAAUUUUAUAUUUAGGGUCAGCAAUGUAUAGUUCUGUAUAGUACUGAGCUGCUGUGUGAAAUUGACAGCAGUGCAGCACGUCUUCACAUGUGAAUGCAGAUCUGAACAGCUGCUGUGUAUUUUGUAUUACCAGUGAAGGGACUGUGUUUGGUUUGGAUUUGAGUUUAACUCUGGAGGAGGUAGAUGUCUGGUAUUACCUUGAAGCCUUGUGUAUUCCAGUUGCCUUGAAAAGAUUUGUUGCACUUGGGCCGAGCGUGAUCGCUGGCAUUCGCCAGAAGUGCUGUAACAUAUCGAGCAAAACAAAUGCCAGAUGACAGAAGAGUCUAAAGCAGAGGUGUCAUACCUGUUCACAUUGACUCAUGCAAUCAGUUGUAUGAAGACUGGAAUCACUGGUUGUUUAGAAUAAAUCGCCAACCCAAUGUGGCCCGGUUUGACUAAUGCUAUGUUCAGACUGCCAGCUGAAACCUGAUUUUUGGCUCAUUUAAAUUGUAUCCAAAAUGAUUCUGGAUAGUCUGGACAGCCAGAAACCACAUGCAAUGCCAUUACUUCAGAUUUUUACAGAUGUGUGUCUUUUGCGUCAAUCACACCACGUCCGGAAUUGCAAAUACCUUUUAAUCACUUGCAAAUAACAGUGCAGACAGCUGUUCCCACAGAUCUGAUUUCGGAGACAAAUCCGGUUUACCUGCAGUCUGAACACAACCUAAUGUUUGCAGCUAAACACUGACUUCAUACAACUCAGUGGAAUGCAUUAAACACUGUCCUUUAUUUCAGACCCCAUACAAUCAAGAUUUACAGGCUAAUGUGUGAAAUGUUACACUGUGACUGCAUUAUGAGUGUUCUCCAUUGUGUACUGUUCAUGUGCCUUGUCUUCCGCAUCUAACCAAAGUUUAAUGCUUUCUGCUGUGAGUCUGCUAUACAUUUCUGCUCCUAUUACCAGUAUCCUAGCUAGAUAUUUUAGCACUUUUGCAUGUUGCACAUGUUUUGUUAAGAGAUAAUGAUGUUGCUGUUGUUUUUAGCUGGAUUUUUUUUAAAAAUGGGUAUUUUUCUCCCCCAGGUUCCAGUGGAAAUGUUUUAUUGUGCUCCAGGAUGACAUUGUUACUUUAUAUGUACGUCAUUGCUCAGUUGACUUAGCGACAUAGAAUUCAUUUACAAGUUGACAUUAAAAUCGGUCUGUAGAUUUACCAUGUUACCUGUGGCUGUUGUGGAAGGCUGAGCAUAUACCACCCUUUUACACACAGCUCAUAUGCCACACUGCAGUUUAAUGCAGUAAUGUGUGUUACUUAGAAUGACAUGUACUGUUUACUUUGCUCGCUGAAUUAAAUCUUUCUCAUACUCCUGGUUGUGUGUGCUUGUGCACGUGUGUAUCAAUAUUAUCACUAUUAUAUUGCUAGAGUAUCAAUAGUAUCAAUUCCCACCAGUGCAAAGUGAAAGCUGUUGGGAAAAGGUUACAAACAGUUGUAUACAUUUUGGCAGUGUGUUUUGGGUUUGACAUCACUAUCUGUGAAAAGGGAUCUACAAGGUGUUCUCCAAGCACAUUUGUUCAGUAAAACAUUGUGACUAUGGGUCCACAAUUCAGCUUGAUGUUGUUGGUAACCAUGCUUAAUUUUGUAAUAAAAAUGUGUAGUUAUCAUUCA